CUUGAUGUUCUACUUGGACGGAAACACGGAAGUCUCCAAAUUCCCAGCACAUCCGUCACAUGACUCCCCCCGAAAUGGACGUCUGUAUAACGGUGGCCUGAGUUGGACUCAAAUCGUCCAAAGUUGUCACAUUUGUGGCAUUGUAUCGUGCCAUGGAGAGAUUGGACGCCACAUCACAGCUCCAGUCGCGGCUGUCUUCGCUGUCUUUCUCGUCUUUUCCGGGAACAACAUCCAAACGUUGCGAGAGCAACCCGACGGACAGCCUCCAAAACACAGACCUCUCCAAGAACUUAAGCCAGCCCACAAAACAGGCCGAUAUGGAUGCAUCUAAGCAGGAAAAAGAGGCUCACGACGAGGCCCCUGCUGAGACUGCCUCGGGGGACCAGGGUGAGAAGAACAGUGCGGGGAACCUUCCCCUCGCCUCUGAGAUGAAAGCUGAGAUGCCGCCCCUGAAACCCCCGUCGACAUGGACAUCUGCUGCCCUCAAAGACCUCAAGGCCAAGCUACGAACGGAGAAAGAUAGCGUGGUGACGGUGUACCGAGGCGACAUCAUGACCGUGCACGUGCCCACUGUAUCGGAAGCUAAAAAGGUGUGCUGGGAAUUUGCCACAGACGGCUACGACAUCGGAUUCGGUAUCUAUUUUGAUUGGACUCCUGUCACGAGUCGGGCGAUCACCGUGCACAUCAGCGAAUCAAGUGACGAUGAAGAUGAAGAGGAGGAGCUAGAAGCUCCCGUCACCAAUGGCGAUGUGGAGAAAGGCUCCAAAGCCCAAAGCAACUCCAACCUGGUGGAGGUUAUACCCGUAUACCGUCAGGACAGCCACUUGUCCGUGUACGGCGGCACCCACGACUUUCCGGGCGACGGCACUUACCUCUUCAAAUUCGACAACUCCUACUCCCUAUGGCGAAAUAAAACACUUUACUACAGAGUUUAUUACAGUGCCUAAAAUGCCAAAUCUUUAUGAAUGUAUGAUUUAGAGAAGGAAUUGAAUUACUGUCAAGAAUGCUAAAUUAUUUUCAGUUACAUAUAUACUUAUGAUACAGAGGUUACAUAUUAGCAUAUCUAUUUUUAUCACUCAGCUUGUGUUGCCAAAUGGUAAACUUGACAAAGCCUUUCUUUUGCAUCUGUGCCGUUAAUAGAAAACUGUGACACAUCUCUAUGGUAGCAGUGAUCAGGAAGACCUACUUCCUACUUGCUCUUCAAGUGCUCUGAAGACGUUAUUUACACAUACUUUUUUAAAACCAUAUUAUUUAAUAUACCGCUGCAACGUGUUAUUACGGGACAUAAAUUAAGAAUGUACAAUGCAAGCGAUGACAGAUAAUCCAGUGUGUUUUUUUUAAUGACAACUCCAAGCCACUUGUUAUCACAUGAAGCUCUUAUUAUGUAAUAUUGAUUCAAUAUUUACAUAUGCCUGGUCCCCUGCCUUUUAAUUUGCUGUUUCAGAGGUUGAUUAAAUGUAGUUUGUGCACAGGUCUACUGGCGUGAAGGUCGCUGUGUUUGUACGUUCUGUGUGUCGACCGUGCUUUUGUUCAAUAGUUGUCAUUUCAAACAGUCUCGUGUCAUUUCAUAAGCUUCCUAUCGUGUGCAGUACUGUACCUUACGAUGUUAUAAAAUUUAUAUUCCACAAUAAAGAUAAUAUUGUCUACUGUG